AUGGUCAUACCAGGUGUCACACCGGUCCCCUCCUUCCCCAAAAACCGUCGCCGCAUGCGUCGCGGAGCACGCAAACGCCACGCCCUCUCCCGCAAAGUUGAUCCGCGCGACGAGUACCUCGAGGGCGCCUUCUUGGCACACGACACGGCGUUCCUACCCCUUUCGGGUCCCUUCCCAGGCGGCGCACAGCCACAGUCGCUCGAACGUAGCUGGCUGGCAUGGAUGGCGCACGAGGUGCGGCGCGAGGAGGAGGAUGAGCAGUGCCGCCUCUUCGGGGGUGAUGCAGACGAUGACGCGUUGCGCGCUCUUGGCAUCCUAUACGAUUCCAUCCGCGACGACGGCGAGAAGAAGAGCGAGGCACCCACACUGGAGUCUGGAGUGUUCACCGCAGGCGUCAACAACGAGGAUACCAAGGACGGAGACAAGGACGAGGCCAAGGACAAGGAUGUUAACUUUCCCCCUCUCCCCUACCGCCUCUACAACGUCCUCUCCAAACCCGCAAAACUCUCAAAAACAAUGAGACGGCACAACUCCCGGCGUUCACCCCUGACAAUCCCCACGCCCCCCCUCCUGUCCUCCUACCUCAUGGACGACUCCGAGAUCCUGCGCCUCACCACUUUGCAAUCCCCCCAGGAGCCAGCGGAGAAGGAGACACAGACACUCCAACACCAGUCCUUACCAACAACACACGCGUCGUUCCCCACGCAAUUCCCCGUCCCCCUCCAUACCCCCGGAGCGACAGACGGCACAGACAAACCCACAGCAACACUCAUCACCACCACCAAACUCGCCGACCCAUCAUGGACCUUCAUCCCCCAAGACCCAGACUGGGUCCUCCUAGACGACGACUCGUAGCAGGCCCCGUGACGUUGCUCCCAUCCGCGGAUGGGGCGCUAGGGCUGGUCCUC